UCGGCGUGAUUAUUUACAUGUCUUCGGUGAAAAGUGAUGGACGUCGAUCGAUGGUGAGCAGAUCAACAGCAGCAGCAGACUCAGUUCAACCUAGAGCCUGAAAACGUGCCCUCGCCAGAUCGCCGAGAUCACGUGUGAGCUCACGAAUUCAGAGUGAUCGGUCGGUCGAUCGGUCGGUUGGUCGGCGCCGGGAGAGAGAAGGAGAACCGAAAGCGCUGCGCUGUCGGGAGUUGGAGUUUGGCGCUACAGUUUAUUGACUUUGUGGUGCUCGAGUGGAAGAAAAUUCAGUUGUGCUUUUGUUGUGAAGGAAAACAGUAACGAAAAUCUUGAACCGGAGAGGCGCAGUGGGUUGCAACGUGCAAGAUGAAGCUCAUACUUCUGUCAACGAUAUGCUUAUUCAGCAUCAUCGUUCAAACCAUCGCUUUACCUAUGAAGGUCAGCAAGCCACAAGCCUUGGUCACCAGCCGCGAAGACCGCUCGCUGAGCCCUGUAGCCCCGAUUGCUAACGGUGGCCCCAUCAAUAAGGACAUAUCCCCACCCACGAAGCCCGGCACCGGGUAUUUCAUCCGCGUGAUCCCCAAGGAGCAGGACGAAUUCGAACGUUUGAUGGAUUUUUUCGCAGUUGGGGAGAUCGAUUCGCCCAGCGAGUUAGCCGGAUCUCCCCAAAAGACGUCUUACGGCUCCUAUAGUCCCCGGCAGGAUGAUCUCACGGAACCACUGCUGCCGCCACCGGUCGAACAGAACGAACCCAACUAUUACAGUGCCAAGCCAAGGAAGAGCAAGAGUAAGAAAUACAUCCCGAACCAGAAGCUGGUGAACAUCAAGACCACGGAACACAUUGAGGACAUCGAGAAGACGGAGAACGAACGAUCCAGACAGAACGCCGGGCUACCGAGCAGCGGCGAAAUCGACGAGGUUGACUUCCUCGGAGGACUGGAUCUGGAGAAGCUGCUGGCAUCGGCUUGGCUGACGCAGGCCGACGCCGAUGCGGAAGCGGCGAAGGGAAAGAUCACCACCAAAGAACCAGCGAAACCGGCGCCUGUGGCCGAGUUGAACACCGGCGAGUACAUGCCGAGUCAGCAGCGACGGAUGGACGAGAACACCCGGUGGUUGCCGAGUGAGAACGAAGGUGCCCGAGUUGAUUAUCAGCUGCACGGCCACAAGGGGCCGGACAGCUAUGCGUUUGGAUAUGACACGGGUAGCGGGAAGAAUCGGCAGUUUCACGUAGAGGAGCGCGACAACGACGGGAAUGUGCGAGGUCGGUACGGAUACUACACCAAGAGCGGCAAGUUCCGGACAGUGAAAUAUAGUUCAUCACCUGAGAAGGGCUUUCGAGUCGAGAGCUAGGAGCGUGCAAUUUUUCUAGUUUAUUUAUUGUUAUUGCAUUGUACAAAUUUUAAUAAAACAAAGUAAAAACUCGUCAAAUC